AUGAUUUGGUAUUUGUUUUUAAUAAUAUUAAAUUUUUUUCAUAUUGAUGCUAGUAUUCAAUUAUGUAAUGGUCCAUUGGGUAUGAUUAGUGGUGAAAUACGUGAUUGGCAAAUAACAGCAUCAUCAAGUUUUUGGGAUUUGGAUUGUCAUGAAAAAAAUGCUCGAUUAUAUCAAUCAUUUGAUCGUGCAUGGUGUGCACGACAUAAAUCAGAUUCAGAAUGGUUACAAAUUGAUUUAGGUAUUACUGCAAAAAUAUCAGGUGUAUUAACUCAAGGUCGAGCAAAUAAACAAGAAUAUGUUACAUCGCUUAUGAUAUCAUAUAGUAUAGAUGCAUAUCGAUGGCAAUAUCUUGUUGAUCAAUAUGGAAAUCAAAAAAUAUUUUCUGCUAAUACAGAUUCAUAUUCUAUUCAUAAUAAUUAUUUUGAUGAAGUAAUUAUUGCACGUUUUAUUAAAUUUCAUCCAAUUAAAUGGUAUUUACAUCCAUCAUUACGUGUAGAAAUUAUUGGUUGUCAAGAAUGUAAACAAUAUUUGGGUUUACCACCUUAUGGAAAAAUAAGUGCAUCAACAACAUGGCCAUCUCGUCGACGUGCUACAUGUCAAGCUGAAGAUGGUUAUAUUAUGAGUAAUAAAGGAUGGUGUUCAAAAAGAAGAUAUAGAUAUGAUCAAUGGCUUGAAUUUGAUUUAGGACAUCCAUCAACUGUAACAUCAUUGAUAACUAAAGGUCGAGGUGAUACAAAUCAAGAGCAAUGGGUUACAAAAUAUAAAGUUUCAUUUUCUAAUGAUACUCGUUUAUGGUUUUAUUAUAAAGAUAAAUCACAGAUUGAACCAAAGGUAUUUGCUGGAAAUAAUGAUCGUGAUAGUGAACGUAUUCAUUUUUUAAAUCAACCAUUUUUUGCUCGAUAUGUUCGUUUACAUCCUAUUGAAUGGUAUAAUCAUGUUAGUAUGCGUGCAGCUAUUCUUGGAUGUCCACAUAAAGGUACUUGUUUUCCAGGUUAUUUUCGUGUCAAUAGUGAAGCUCAAUGCAUUGAAAAUAUGGCAUAUAAGAAACAAACAUGGACAAAUGAUCGAAAUCGUCAUCAUCAAAAAAUUGGUAUUGAUGGAUUUAAAUUUCGUAGUAUAAGAGAAACUAAUGGUGAUCCAUCAUUAGCUGUCGAUGGUUUUGAAGAACCGUUAGAAUGGUCAAAAUGUGCUACUAUUGAUAAUUAUUUUGUUAAAAAACCUGUUUGGAUGGUUGAUUUAGGUCGACGAACAAAUAUAGCUGGUGUCAUGUUAAGAACAUGGUAUGAAAAUAAAGAAUCUAAUGCAUCUUCAUCGAUAUAUCGAAAUUACUUAGCAAAUUUAGAUCGAUAUAGUGUUUAUAUUAAUCAUUAUCCACGUCGAUAUCGUUUUCAAAAUAAUAAUCUAUGUUCUUAUAUAACACGUACGGAUCAAUCAUUAACUUCAUCAUCUCGUUUACAUUUUCAAUGUCAACGUCCAUUACAUGGUCGUUUUGUUUAUAUUGAAGCAGACGGUGCUAAUAAUCAUUGGAAUAAAUUAUUUACUGCUGUACUUUGUGAAGUAUUUGUAUAUGAGCAGUAG